AUGGCCCGAUUCCGGCAAGCGUUGGUGGAUUGUGAGUUAAUUGACAUGGGAUUCGUCGGUCCUAGGUUUACCUGGUCUAAUAGGUUUACCAAGGAACGGCUGGAUCGUGCUUGUCAAAAUGUGCAAUGGAGAGAACUUUACCCUUUUUCUAGAUGUCUUACUCUCCCUCUGAGUAGGUCCGAUCACUGCCCUCUCCUCAUUGAAGUGUCUCCGGAGCCAGCUGUUCGAACUCGAACACCUAAACUGUUUCGUUUUGAGGAGAUGUGGUUACAGCAUAUGGACUGUUUGAACGUGGUUCAGCAAGGGUGGAUGCUUCCAACUAUAGGGGAACCAAUGAUGCAGGUUGGAAGGAAAAUCAAACAAACAGGUCAACUUUUAUUACGUUGGCAUUCUGGAGUUUUCCAACAAAGACAAACUGAGAUGAAGCUGAUUCAGGGUAAAUUGGACGUCUUGAUGAAACAGAAUUUCGAGCCCAGGCAUUUUGAUGUACAAAAGUCCCUACAGUUUCGCCUCAAUGAAUUGCUUUCGGCUAAUGAAGCGUAUUGGAGGCAGAGAUCUAGAGUACAAUGGCUCAAGGAUGGGGAUCGUAAUACGGCGUUCUUCCAUAGGCGAGCCUCUAAUAGAAGGUGUCGCAAUCGGGUCAAAGGUUUACUUAAUGCUGAAGGACAAUGGACUGUUGAUCAAGGAGAAGUUAAUGAGGUAAUCCUAAAGUAUUAUGAAGACAUUUUCAAGGCUGGUGGUUUUGAUCCGGCAGCUACAGAAGCGGUCCUUGAGUGCUUGCAUCCCAAGGUUUCUCCUGAAAUGAAUGCCGAUCUCACAGCACCCUAUUCUGACUCUGAAAUAAAGAAGGCUCUAUUUCAGAUGCACCCUUCCAAGUCCCCGGGCCCGGAUGGGAUGUCCCCAUGUUUCUUUCAGAAGUUUUGGUCAGUUGUUGAAAAGGAUGUUUGUCUGGCAGUUAGGGAGAUUCUCACUACAGGCCAGAUCUCUCAAGAGUCCAACUUCACUCAUCUCACAUUGAUUCCGAAAAUUAAAGAGCCUAAGUCUGUCUCCGACUUGCGACCUAUUGCGUUGUGCAAUGUUGUAUACAAAAUUGCUUCCAAGGUUUUAGCAAACAGGUUGAAGGCAAUUCUUCCGCAGAUCAUCUCACCUCUACAGAGUGCUUUCGUACCUGGGAGGUUGAUUUCUGACAACACUCUUGUGGCAACCGAAAUAGCUCAUUUCAUGAAGAAACUUCGUAAUCAGGUAGAUGGUUUUUUCUCCCUCAAGUUAGAUAUUUCCAAAGCUUAUGAUCGGUUGGAAUGGCAUUAUUUGGAGGCAGUCUUGCUCAAGUUGGGUUUCUGUUCAACCUGGGUUCAGAUUAUUAUGACAACAGUGACAUCAGUUAGUUACUCGGUUUUAAUCAAUGGAUCUCCUACAGGUUUUAUCUUACCUACUAGGGGUAUCCGGCAAGGGGACCCCCUCUCUCCAUAUUUAUUCAUCCUUUGUGCUGAGGGUCUUUCAUCGUUGAUCUCUUCUUCAGUUGAGCAUGGAGUUGCUAAGGGCAUUAAGAUGUCUCCUACUGCUCCUACGAUACAUCAUCUACUGUUUGAGGACGACAGCUUUCUUUUUGGUGAAGCAACAGUUCCAGAGUGUCACACUUUCAAGAACAUAUUAGAGACAUAUGCCAGGGCCUCGGGGCAACAUAUUAAUCUCCAGAAGUCAAGUGUGGUUUUUAGUGGCAAUGUCAAUUUAAAUAAGCGCAAUGAGCUUGCGGCUAUUUUGGGAGUUGAGUGUGUCACAGAGCAUGGUUUAUACCUCGGGCUUCCUAUACAUGUAGGGCAAAAUAAGUCUGCUAUUUUUGCCUAUUUGAAGGAGCGGCUCACUAAGAAACUUGUCAGUUGGAGGUCUAAAAUUCUCAGUAUUGGAGGUAAGGAGUUACUUAUUAAGGUGGUAGCUCAAACUCUGCCUAAUUACGUUAUGAACUGUUAUGCUCUACCCAAAUCUCUAUGUGAUGAUCUUCAGCAACUUUGUUGUCAAUUUUUUUGGGGAAGUUCUGAUGACCGACGUCGAAUUCAUUGGCGGUCUUGGGAGAGAAUGUGUCUCCCAAAAGAACAAGGAGGUAUGGGCUUUAAAUAUUUGCAUGCUCACAAUCUUGCGAUGCUUGCAAAACAAGGCUGGAGACUCCUUACUAAUCCAAAUUAUCCUUAUGGUUCUUUCCUUACGGCUGACAUGGGUGAGAGGCCAUCGUUUUCUUGGAGAAGCAUUAUGGAAGCUCGACCGGUGUUGCAAGCUGGUUUAUCUUGGCGGAUUGGGACUGGUGUUUCUGUGGCUCACCGGGUUCUUUCUAUCCCUCUUAGUCAUCGAAAUGGACACGACCGAGUUGCAUGGAAGCUUCACAAGAAGGGUUUCUUUUCUGUGAAAUCAGCUUAUACAAUAGCACGAGACUUCUCUAUUGGCAAUGUGUUUGCCUCUCCUUCUAAUGGGGAUCCUUAUGGCCCGGUUUGGAGAGCCUUGUGGAAGGCUAAAGUCCCUAGUAAGGUGGCUAUUUUUGGGUGGAGAGCAGUCCAUAAUCUCCUGCCUACCCGUGCUGCCUUAUCUUUGAAGGGUUAUAAUGGGGACUUACAGUGUGUUGUUUGCUCUAAUGGUGUGGAGACGGUGGAACACCUGUUCUGCCAAUGUAGUUUGGCUAGAGAGAUAGUGGGAGCUCCUCCCUUUAUCAUUCCGGUUUCCUCAUUAUCUUGGAAGGAUUGGUUUUUAGAACGGGUUAACUCGCUGUCAUCAGGUUGCUUUGAAAAAUUGCUUGUGUUGCUUUGGAAUAUUUGGCAGAAUAGGAAUGACAAGUUAUGGAGAGAUUGCUCUAAGACUGGUCCUAGCAUCGUGGCCUCUUCUAUGGCAUGGUUUGAGGAGUAUUCCCAGGUCAAUCAGGCUACUGUAUCUCCUGAUCGGCGAGGACCUACGGGUCAAACAAGAUGGUUUCCUCCAGCGACUGGUACCUUAAAACUGAAUGUUGAUGGUGCGUUCCUAUCGUCUAUUCAGUAUGGAGGUACAGGGGGAGUUCUCAGGAAUGAUCAAGGGGAUUUUAUUGCUGCCUUUUCCUACAGAGCUGAGUUUGUGCUCUCUCCAUUACACGCUGAACUCUUAGCCUUGAAGUAUGGGUUAGAUUUCCUCCAUGCUAUGAAUGUCACGAAGGUGGUCGUGGAAACUGAUUGUUUAGUGGCAGUUCAGGCCAUUAAUUCUUCGACUGAGGAUUUGUCUGAGCUAGGUGCUUUGAUUCAUGACAUCAAAGGCCUUGUAGGUGUAGUGGGAGAUGUUACAGUUGGUUUUACUCCUAGGCAGGCUAACAGAGUUGCUCAUCGCCUAGCUAGUUAUAGCUUUGAUUCAAACAUCCAUCUUGAUUGGUUUGGUCAUGCUCCAGAGUUUGUACUGGAUGCCCUCAUGAGCUCAGUUAAGGCCCUAGAGUGUGCGUUUGAUAGCUCUAUUAUGAGAGUGAUAGAAGCAUUGCAGCCAUUGGAACCUCAACAGAGAGAUAGAGCUUGUAUAAGGCUGAAGAAGGACAAUGUUGCACUUGUUGUUAUAUUAGAAAAACUGGAAAGUGAGGGCACUUGCGAUGGAAUUCAACUAGAAUUUGUGUGGCAAAUACACACAUAUCUGCAUAGGAACUUGUGGUUAGAUGCGAUGUUGCUCGUAAAGCUUUAUGCAAAAGAAAAGGACUUCAAGUUGAGGUAA